AUGGUGGCGCAAUUGCUUCGCGCAAACAACUUUAACCUUGUUCGCAUACCGUUAGCAGUGGCUGCAGUGACGAACAAUAUUGAAGUUGAUCGUUACAAGAUGGGCAAUGAGACAAAAUUGCUCGAGACUUUUCAAGAGCGUGAACUGCUCUACUUGGAUGUGCUGGAUUAUGUGGUGAACGAGCUUGAGCAUCAUAAUUUAUUGGUAUUGCUGGACGCCCACGUUAUGCAGCCUGCUGGAUCAAUCCCACCAUUGUGGUACGACGAUGAACAGGAUUGCACUCAAGAUAUAGUAGAACAGAUGUGGAGAACGCUAGCUUUGAGGUAUAAGAACAAAUGGAAUGUGAUUGGCGCUGAUCUGAACAAUGAGCCACACGGAGAAGCGACAUGGGGCUCAGGAAAUGUCAAGACAGAUUGGAGACUCGCUGCGACGAGAUUAGCUGACCAGGUGUUGACUUUGUGUCCUCGCUGGCUUAUCUUUGUGGAAGGGGUGCAGACGACAAAGUAUAAUCCAGGACACGAUGUUCCUUGCUUUUGGGGUGAAAAUCUACAAGCAGCUGGCCAAUUGCCGGUUGAGCUGUGCGUAGACAAUCGUCUUGUGUAUAGUCCACAUACUUAUGGACCUGCAGUUGCGAAUCAACCGUAUUUUAAUGCAGAAGACUUUCCACACAAUAUGCCUUGCGUCUGGGAUUCUCACUUUGGAUAUUUAAAAAGAGAAGCUAGGGUACCGCUGGUGAUUGGCGAAUGGGGUGGUCGUUUUGAUAAUCGAAAAGACUGGAGCUGGCAAAAGCGGUUUGCUGAGUAUGUUCAACAUAAUCGUAUUGAUGGAGUUAUUUUCUGGUGCGUUAACCCGAAUGGCGGUGACACAGACGGUUUACUGUGCGCUGAUUGGCGCACACCGAAUGAUAAAGCGUUUCAGGUAUUAUCGCGCUUUACGGGGACGCCUGUGCCUCCAUCAUGCUGA